CUUACAUUACCCACAUAACCUUGUUAAUUACUCGCAUUUCAUCAACAUAUAUACAACUAAUUAUAUAUAUUUCCUAGCCCAGACAUAUAUAUAUAUAUAUAUUGAACUGCCUGGAAAUGGGCAACGCCGAUUAUACGUAUCCAUGGUCCAACGAUUACAACUCGCACGCCGCCGCGAGCCACCGCGUGGCCAUCCCUCCGCCGCAGCCGUUCGUGAAGUCGCUGAAGAACACGCUGAAGGAGACGUUCUUCCCGGACGACCCACUCCGGCAAUUCAAGAACCAGUCGCCGAGGAAGAAGCUCGUACUCGGGUUGCAGUACCUUUUUCCCAUCCUGGAGUGGGGCCCUCGUUACACGCUGCAGUUCUUUAAAGCCGACCUCAUUGCCGGGAUCACCAUAGCCAGCUUGGCCAUCCCACAGGGGAUUAGUUAUGCCAAGCUCGCAAACUUGCCGCCAAUUCUUGGCCUUUAUUCGAGCUUUGUUCCUCCGUUGGUUUACGCCUUGAUGGGGAGCUCGAGAGAUUUGGCAGUGGGGACGGUGGCGGUUGGAUCGUUGCUGACGGGUUCCAUGUUAGGCCAGGUGGUGAAUGCGAACGACGACCCUAAACUCUAUCUCCAUCUGGCUUUCACGGCUACACUCUUUGCGGGGCUUUUCGAAGCUGCGUUGGGUAUUUUCAGGCUAGGGUUUAUCGUGGAUUUUCUGUCGCAUGCAACGAUAGUAGGGUUCAUGGGGGGAGCAGCUACGGUGGUGUGCCUCCAACAGCUCAAAGGCAUAUUUGGACUUGACCAUUUUACCCAUGCAACUGAUAUGAUAUUAUUUAUGCGUUCUGUUUUCACUCAAAUUCAUCAGUGGAGAUGGGAGAGUGCUGUGCUGGGAUGUGUUUUCCUUUUCUACCUCCUGCUCGCCAGAUACUUUAGCAAAAAGAAGGCAAAGCUGUUCUGGAUAUCAGCAAUGGCGCCAUUGACAUCAGUGAUACUGGGAAGUCUUCUGGUUUACUUCACACAUGCUGAAAAGCAUGGUGUCCAAGUGAUCGGAGAGCUAAAGAAAGGGAUAAAUCCAGCAUCAAUAAUGGAUCUCAACUUUGAUUCGCGCUAUCUGACAGCAGCAAUCAAAACUGGCAUUGUCACCGGCAUUAUUGCUCUGGCUGAAGGAAUAGCUGUAGGCAGAAGCUUUGCGAUGUUCAAGAAUUACCACAUUGAUGGCAACAAAGAGAUGAUCGCUUUUGGAAUGAUGAACAUUGCUGGUUCUUGCACUUCUUGUUACCUCACUGCAGGGCCAUUUUCGCGAUCAGCGGUGAACUUCAACGCAGGGUGCAAAACGGCAGUUUCUAACAUAGUGAUGGCAUUUGCAGUGAUGAUAACGUUGUUGUUUCUAACUCCAUUGUUUUAUUACACGCCCCUCGUGGUGCUCUCCUCCAUCAUUAUAGCUGCGAUGCUCAGCCUCAUAGACUAUGAAGCAGCCAUCCAUCUCUGGCACGUCGACAAAUUCGACUUUGUCGUCUGCAUGAGUGCCUACAUCGGCGUCGUCUUUGCCAACAUCGAAGUUGGCCUAGUCUUGGCGAUCGGAUUAUCUAUUAUGAGGGUACUACUCUUUGUUGCAAGGCCAAGGACACUGGUUCUUGGCAACAUCCCUGACUCCAAGGUUUACAGAAGCGUUGAUCAGUAUCAGAACGCGAACAAUGUUCCUGGACUUCUGAUUCUUGAGAUUGACGCUCCCAUUUACUUUGCUAAUUCAAACUACUUGAGAGAAAGGAUCUCAAGAUGGAUUGAUGAUGAGGAAGACAAGUUAAAAGCAUCAGGAGACACGGGUCUGCAGUAUGUUAUACUUGACAUGAGCGCGGUUGGAAACAUUGAUACAAGUGGGAUCAGCAUGCUUGACGAGGUUAAGAAGAUCGUUGACCGAAGAGGGUUUAAGCUAGCGUUGGCCAAUCCGGGUGCUGAGGUGAUGAAGAAGCUAAACAAGUCGAAGUUCCUAGAAACACUCGGCCAAGAAUGGCUCUUUUUGACAGUGGGAGAGGCUGUCGGAGCAUGCAACUACAUGCUUCAUUCUUGCAAGCCAAAGAGCACGGCUGACGAUCAAUCAGAAAAGUAUUCGAACAACAUUGUUUGAGCUAUAUAUAUAUUUAGGCAGUUACCAUUAGAGUGUUUACGGCAUUCGUGCAUGUACUAUAUAUUUAUUACAGCGAGUCGAUGGGGUCAUGAGACUAAAAGCUCGGAGGUAACUAUUAACAUACCUAGCUCCAAAGUCCAAAAUAAUAUAACUACGUAGAAUUAAUGUUUGGUACUUGCGUAUUUUUGUGUAUCCUCUGGCUUCAAAAGUCAACAAGAAAAAUGGAUUGCUUCAUCAUUUGAACAUUCGGGUUUGUUAUAGCAAUUAGCUUUUGUUAUUGCUCCACA